UCAUGAGGUGACACUUGUGUCUGUCCUAAGAGAAAUCGGGUUCGAUUGUAAACAGUGUGCAAAAAUCAUAACAGGGAAAGUUGUACUUACACAGGAAUUGCAAUCUAGUUUAAUUAGGACAGGAUAACGGUACUUUAUUGAAGGAUAGAGGUGCUAGGGUUUCACGAUGGAAGGUAACUUAGUUUGCCGGUUAUGCUUAUACAACAAUGAAGAUAUUUUGCCGAUAUUUGGCGAUCGUCAGCGGGAAGCUAAGCUGCAAGAGAAAUUACAGCAAUAUUUGAAUCUUGAGGUGAAGGAAGAUGAUUGUCUUCCAAAACUAAUAUGUUUGAAAUGUUUUCAAACCGUAGAAAAUUUUCAUGUGUUCUUCCAAGAGGUUGCGCAGAACCAAACGGUUUUUGCCUACAGUAGCCAACCGGGAAUGAUAGUGAUUAGCGAUCAGAGCUCACACACAACCUACAUCCUCCGUGAGGAGGAAGUGAUUGGACAAUCCUGCAUUGAGUUGAACGACGGCAGUUCGUCCGUAAAGAUUUCAGGUCUAAGUGCUCAAAGCAGCAUUCAGUUUCACAAACCUUCUGAUUCCGGUCAAAGCGAAAAUGCUACAGCGACAAAGUUGACUCUACUACAGUUACCUAGUCAGCUAACGACGACUGUGAUUAGCACUAUAGACGCUAGUGGUACUAGAGUUAUACUGCCUGUAAGCAGCGACACUGGGGGCGACGAUACACCUAACGAUAUUACUUCGGAUUUACCCACCUACGAUGAAGCACAGAAAAAUAAAGAGAUGCAGGCGAUUGCCGUAGUGGAAGAGGGUGUCAGGCAGGAAAGUUUGAUGACAGUCGCUGGGUUGGAUGUAACCGAGCAAGAGAUUGGUGUUGAUGCUAAUUACGUUGAAACUCAGGAAGAGAAACCGCUCGAAGAGAACAACCAGGACUAUGAAGAGGAAGACGACGAUGAGGUGGACGAUGAUGACGAAGAGUUUACCACCCAACUGGAAAACGAGACAGAAGAACCCUCCGAGUCGCGCGAUGGAGUCGAGGAGAAGAAACCAAACGAUUACGGUGCAUUUCCGAACAAACUAAUCCAUGAAAAUAAAUUGACUAUAAAGGGAAAGCAACUGUCCAGUCUGAUGGCAAAAUUCUAUGAUGUUAGUUGUGAGCUUUGCCUGGAGGUCCUUAACGAACGGUUAGAGUUUCAGGACAUGGAUGCAUACGUCGCGCAUUUCCAAGAUGCUCACAAUGUUAAGGGUCACGUUUGGUGCUGUAGUCAGAAAAUCACCAAACCACGUAUGAUGGCAAUGCACAUGGCGAGACACCUGCAACCGGAAGCUUUUAAGUGUCCUGAGUGUGGCAAGCUGAUGACCACCCCAAAAAUCCUCCAGUAUCACAUACAGAACCACCGACCCGAGGAGGAACGACCGCUGCAGUGUCUCAUCUGUCCGCGACGAUUUACUUACGGUAGUGCUCUGAUGUCACAUUGCCAGUCACACCUUCCGGAAGGGGAACGAACGCAGCAUGUGUGCGACGAGUGUGGCAAACGUUUCAGCAUGGCGAAGCGAUUAGCGGACCACAUUCAAACGGUGCAUUGUAAGUCAGAUCAACAACACGCGUACGUUUGUCACAUUUGUGCAAAACAGUUCACAUCCAAGAGUAAUUUGGGCUAUCAUCUGACCACUCAUCAACCCAAAAUUCAUCAAGUGCAAUGUGAUCAGUGCCAGAAGUGGCUCAAGAACAAACUGUGUCUGCGAAAGCACAUGGUCCAGCAUUCGAUGGUACGACACAAGUGCAAUCUGUGCGAAUACUCGGCCGCUAAUAUGCAAUGCCUGCGGAAUCACAUGCGAGUACAGCAUACCGAUCUGAAGCCGUUUGCCUGUGAUGUGUGUGGAAAGGAGUUCAAGUUGAAAAACACGCUGGUUAAUCAUCACGUCCAGCACACUGGAUUGAAGAAAUUUAGCUGUGAGUUCUGCAUGCGAACUUUUGCCUCUAGUGGCAAUUACUACGCCCAUCGGAAGCGAAUGCAUCCGCAAGAGUUAGCCGUGCAAAAGAUGCGGAAGGAGGCGGAAGAGAAGUAUGUUACUUUUGGUUAUCUAUAUUUAUUUACGAAAUACAUUCUCAAAUCUUACAGUGAGUUUCGCACAAAAUCACUUCUCGUUGAGCCCAAAUGAAGCACAGACAGCUUGAGCUGUAGGUAGAAGGUAUUAUUUCUCUAUGAUUUAUGAUCAACAGACUGUGUUUUUAUCGUGAUUAAUAUAUUCUAACUCAUCGCUGAACGGAGAUUUAGAUUUCUCGAAUACACAUGUUCGUCGAAUGUCGCAAUGUGUUUUUGAAAGGGCAAAAAUAAUGCCACUAAGUUAUUUUACGAUGUAUUAUGAAGAAUGGAUGGUUUAUUCUGUCUUCUCCUCUUUGAAUUUACCACCGUAGAAUGGGAUGUACGUGACGAUCACUCUCCAGUCGGUGAGGUAAAGUCCAAAAAGAGAGGCGGUUGCACCGAAUCCCAUCGCUGACGAGAGCCUAAAAUAAAUUGAAAAGUAUUGUUGAGCGAAUUUGGCCAUCUUA